UGUAUACAUAAAUUUCGGUAUUUUUGCGCUUAAAUUGGCAAAUUGACAGGCGCAAGAUUGACGAGUGGGCAGCACCAUUUAAAGCGAGUUAGCAGCGACCACGCACAAAAUGUAAACAGGAGAAAAACAUACAAACAAUACAGAAAAAGGAAAAGAGAUAGAAAAAGAAAUAGAGAACGAAAAAGAUAAAUUAUUAAAAAUAAUAACAACUUAAGGCCAUACAAUUUUAGGCCAUACAAGUUUUAGGCGCUGCAACAGCAAUGGCCGCGGCCGCCAACAACAACUCCUCCGGUUUGGACGCCCAUACCAACAACAAAAGCAAUGAUAACAGCUCGAGCGGCUGCAGCAGCAGCUAUAAUGGUAACGGCUCUGGAUGUGGCAGCGAUACAGCGACAGCAGGUGGCAUUAUGAUAACGCCCCCGCCAGUAAUGCCGCCCACGCCCACAUCAUCCCCAAACACGCACGGCGAGUGGCCCAAUCUAAAUCCGAACGCAUUCCAGCUGAACAAUACAGGUGAACAUUUUGCGCUGCCACAUUUGCCCCCAUUACCGAUGAAUACAGAAUAUGCGCCGAGCUUGGUGCAUCCAAGCACAUUGCCGUCGUGCAGCAAGAGCUUCAAAAUACGUCCGGGCAGCAUUAAGCAUCGCAUGAAAAUGCGUAGCAUAUUGUUUGAGUCGAAUGGUCGCAAGUUGCGCACCGCCGCCUCCACCUGCAAUAUUGAGCUCCUUAAUCGCAUCCUGGAAGACGGUGGCGAUCCCAAUGCUGCCGACGAGUACAAACGCAGUCCGCUGCAUUUGGCCGCCUGUCGCGGCUAUAUACCCAUUGUCCAGCAGCUCCUUAAGUAUGGCGCCAAUCCCAAUGUGGUCGACUCUCUUGGCAAUACGCCGCUCCACUUGGCCGUCAUCUCGGCCAGCUCGAACAACUUCAAUGUCGUUGUGCGUGUCCUCCUUCAAGGUGGGGCCAGUGUCCAUAUGUAUGAUCGUAGCGGUAAAUCCCCAUUGGAGUUGGCUGAAAAUAAACUACGCCUGCUCCGCAAUCGCUAUGGCCAGCCCCAGCCCACACCCGAAAUGGCAAAAGUCCUCGAGGAUAUGUGUAUGCUCACAACCCUCAUAUUGCGCUACAUGGUGAAGCAGCAGCGCGAACUGGAGGAUUUGUCGACGUUGGAGAAACGCCUGCAAAAUCUAAGCACCAGCGACUAUCAGGAGGAGGUUGUGUCACAAACGGCUGACGAACUGCUCGCCAGUGUUGAGCGCUUAUCCAUAAACAACAAGUAAAUGGAUGACAGCGGGGAUAAAAGUGGGCUCAAAUGGCUUUCUUGACAAUUUGUUUUUCGUUUCCUAAUUUGGCUGCCGAGAGUUUGGAGUUGGAUUUACGUGUGGAGCAGAGGGGGCGUUGUUAUAUCAAAAGGGCAGGCCGCAUCUUAAUGUGCCAUUACUUUGGAAUCACGUCGACGCACACAUCUGUACGACCAACACUCCCAAACAAACAAACAAAAUAACACAAAAAUAUACAUUGUUUCAUGCGAUCUUCUUUAUUAAGUAUUUCAUUUAAGUUUCAAAUGUUAUAACACAACGUUUUAAGUUUAACGUUUGCGCCAAAACGGAAUAAAAAUACAUACAUAAAAUGCAAGCAAAAAACACAUAA